AUGUCCCUCUAUCACGAGGGCGCGGAGGUGGUGGUCGCCUCGUCCACAGAGGGCGGUAGUCUCAAGUCGCGAACUUUCGGCCGCCGAAACAUCAAGUCGAAACCCGGCCAGCUUUACGCCCUUGUAUUUGAGACGUGCAAAUGGAGCAUGGUUUUGAAAGAAGUCAUUGAUUCGUCUGAAAUCUUGUCAAUAGAGAAAAAGCUUACACCUGUCCUUGCUCUGUUGCUAGUGCACGACUUGUUAUUAGCAAAGGGUGGCGUUGCGCUUCCCAAGACUCAUGGACUCAGAGUGACGAUUGAAAAGCACAAGGCCAGGUUAACGUCAGAGCUGACGCGCGCGAGGUUGCGGCGCAAAGCACCUACAAUGGAGGCCCUCAAGGAGCAGAUUGAUCGCGCAGCGGCCGGUGAAGAGGCGCAGAUUCCGCGCUGGGUCCGCAUCAACACGAUAAAAACUACGAUAGAGGAGCAGCUCAACACGACAUUCAAGGGUUACGACCAGGUGACAACCAUUCAUGAGGUUCUGGCACCAUCCACGACGCCGACUGGUGGGAAGCAGCGCCGGAUCCUGAUCGACCCUCACAUCCCCAACCUCGUCGCAAUCACGCAAGGCAUCGACCUGUCCAAGACGGAGGCGUACGCCGAGGGCCGAAUCAUCUUCCAGGAUAAGGCCUCGUGCUUCCCGGCCUACCUGCUGGACCCGCACCCCGAGGACGGCGACGUGAUCGACGGCUGCGCGGCGCCGGGUAACAAGACGACGCACCUUGCGGCGGUGUGCCACGCCCGACGGCCCGACUUCGUGACGCCCGAUGGCGUGCAGCGCAUCUUUGCGUUUGAGAAGGACAAGCGCCGCUCGCAGACGCUGACCAAGAUGGUCAAGAUCGCGGGCGCGCAGGGCUGGACGCGGGUCGGCUUCGGGCAGGACUUUUGCCAGGUCGACCCGGCGGGCGCGCAGUUUGCAAAGGUGGGCGCGCUGCUACUGGACCCGAGCUGCUCGGGUAGCGGUAUCGUGGGCCGCGACACGAUGCCGGAGCUGCACCUUCCAGGGACGGCACCGGGAACAAAGGCGGGCCAAGGAAAGGGGAGGACGCCUAAUGGUAAAGAGGACAACAAGACGAAGAAGAGGAAAUUGGAUGACAGGGAGGCGGCUCAGAACAGCGUUAUGAUUGAUGACGAGGGCAACGAGACAGUGGUCAACUCGGAAAAGGACCUCGAGGCGCGGUUGCAGGCUCUGGCUGGCUUUCAGCUCAAGAUUCUACUGCAUGCGCUCACAUUUCCCGCAGCAAAGAAAGUCACAUACUCGACGUGUUCGAUACACUCCCAAGAGAACGAAGAUGUCGUCAUGAAGGUGCUCAAAUCCGAGGUUGCGCAACGACGCGGCUGGCGCAUCAUGAAGCGCGCCGAGCAGGUCCGGGGCAUGCGCGACUGGCCGGUGCGCGGGCUCCGCGAAAGCUGCGACCGGGACGCCGAGGUGGCGGACGCCUGCAUCCGCUCCUACAAGGGUGACGGGCUCGGCGUCAUGGGCUUCUUCGUGGCCGGGUUCGUGCGGGACGGCAGCCAGGACGAGGAGGCGGCGGCGGCGGCGGCGGCGGCGGAGGACCCGGACGGGCCGUACAUUAGGGAUGAGAGCGGCAUGAUUAUGCGCGAUGCGGCCGGGAUGCCGUACCUGAAGACGACAGGAAGACCGGUGGAGCUACUGCCGCGAGAUGAGAGCGAAGAGGAGGAGGAGGAGGAGGAGGAGGAUGAGGAUAUGGAUGAGGACGGGCCGUAUGUGAGGGAUGCGGCGGGGCUGAUUUUGCGGGAUGAUGACGGAUUGCCGUUUCUGAAGAGAAAGAGUAAAGCGGGAGACUUGGCUGUGGUGGAGGAGAGCGAGGAAGAUGAGGAAGACGAGGAAGAUGAUGAUAGUGAUGGGCAGGGUGAGAGUGAUUACGAUAGUGAGGUGGAUGAGGAUGGAGGAAGUGGGAGUAAUGGCGAUAGCGAAGAAGAUGGUGACGAAGACGAGGGCGACUGGGACGGAUUUGACGAUUGA